GGCGCUCUUUCGGGGGGCGCCACAAGUUCAAAAAGAAAGCGUCGCGCUCAGUCGCACGUCAACUUUUAUGGCAAUAGCACUGGUAUUCAUAGAGGUAUUAACUUUCCAUUCGGCCACCACAACGGGUUAACUGCGCAGCGAGAAUAAGGUUGCGAGAACAAGGAUAACGCAGUUCUUAAAUAUAGGGAUUAUUGAUUGGCAACAUGGCCUGCCACACAUCCUUCCUUAAAGCCAUUCUAAUAAUACUCAAUGUUCUGCUGUCGCUGAUUGGCGUGACUCUGAUUGCCCUUUCGAUAUAUGAACUAAACAGCUCCACGCCGGGCACUUUCGAGCAUAUCGCCAUAGUUGUCCAGAUCUUUGUUGGCACCUUCGUGGUCCUGACCUCGUUUUUGGGUUGCUUUGCUACGGCACGGAUCUCAAUUGGACUUAUUUGGAGCUACGUGACGUGUCUGCUGAUCCUGUUGUGCCUGCAGAUCUAUAUAAUAGCCGCUGCCCAUUCCACGGACUAUGUGGAGCGCUCGAAGAGGGAUUUCCUCGGGCUCUGGGCCGAUCAAAAGGCUAAUGCAGAGCGCAUCUCCUUCAUUGAACAAAAGUACUCCUGCUGUGGACAGGUAGGUGCUCAUGACUACAUCCUACUGGGCAGGGCAAUCCCCAUCAACUGCUACAAGGACUUGGAGAGGCACCAGGACUAUCUCUUUUCCGAGGGAUGUCUGCAGGCGGUGCAGGCUCAUGCCACCGACAACGUGGCCAUCGGACUCAUCAUCAAGUGGCUGCUGCUGCUGGUGGAGUUCGCCGCAUUGGGAGCCGCCACGCAUCUGGGCAUCACGGUGCGAAACAAAUUGAGGCGCGAGAGAUUCUAACAGGUCGCCCAACGAUCGGACACCCCGGAAUCAGCCGGAUUGGACCAAAAUCUAUAAUAUUUUUAUAGCAAAUUAGGAUGAUCUGGAGGCAGCAUACUCGGAAUACAAAAUAAACCAUAGUGAAAAUA